AACGCAUUUACAUUUGCUGAAGGUUCGCAAUUUGUUCAAUCAGUAUUACUACUUAAAAUUUUUUUGUUAAAAAAAUGAAUACACCAUUUGAAUCGCGCACUCUUGUUAAUGGCGGUAUGCUAAAACAGUUUACCGGCCAAUCUGUGAGCAUUAUGGUGCGCGUCGAGAGCGUGGCCGGGACAACAUUAUUGGCCGCCAGCACAGAUAACCAAAAGCUGCGGAUCAAUCUGCCCAGCGAACUGGACGCUGCUCAAGGCUCCUGGGUGGAGGUGAUUGGCAUUCCAAGCGCCGGCGACACCAUACGGGCGAAAGAGAUCAUCGAAUUCGGCGGAGAAAAUAUAGACUUCGAUGUGGACAGCUACAAUACGAUGACUCAGCUGCUGAACAACGUUCAGCAGUUCUAUCGAUAUGGGUAAUUAGGAACUGCCCAACUAA